UUAUUAGUCAAGUUGAUGUGUCACUUGUAGGGAAAUUAUUAUUUUAAUAUAUCAUUACUACCUCCAUUAGUAUGGAGAACCUGAGCGUGUGUUUAUUUUGUUUGCGCUUGCGCACUCUGAAGUAUGAACUGCUACAUUCACAGAUGGGUACCAUGUUAUGAAAAUUGAAACUUUAAUUUUGGUUAAAUAAAUCUUAUCUUGUAAUGAUUCAAAUGAUAAUUCAGCUGAACGCAAUGUAUAUAUUUAUAUUUUGGAUUAAUUUCAUAACUUUUAUUUAACACUUAAUUAAAUUUCUUACGCAUUGUAGUUUGCUAUGGCACGUUGGCUCUGGAGCUGUGCCAGUUUCCAGAAUAUUCAGGGCUGUUACAGCACGUAAGAAUUUUACGCCGUUCCCCUCCUCCCCCUUGGCCCAUUUAGUUAUUGGUUAGUUCUCCAUUGCUGAAGGUUAGUGACAGUCGUUUUGUGACGUUGUACGUUGUUUGCGUUGAGUUGACUUAUUCGUGUUUGAAUUUGAAGAUUUAUUAGUUACAAACGAUAAAGGUUAGUGAUGGGAAAGGACUAUUAUAAAGUGUUGGGGUUGUCGAAAGGUGCAUCAGAUGAUGAAAUAAAGAAAGCAUAUCGUAAGCUGGCAUUAAAGUUCCACCCGGACAAGAAUAAAUCACCCGGGGCGGAGGAAAAGUUCAAGGACGUGGCAGAGGCGUACGAAGUGCUGAGCGACAAGAAGAAGAGGGACAUCUACGAUCAGUUUGGCGAGGAGGGGCUGAAGGGAGGCACGCCUUCAGGUGGCGGUCCCACAGAUGGCUCGUACACCUCGUACACCUUCCACGGGGACCCGAGAGCUACCUUCGCGCAGUUUUUUGGCUCGGCCAGCCCCUUCCAGGCGUUCUUCGACAUGGGUGGUCCGGGUGGGAACCGCAUGUUUGCGUUCAACGAGGAUGACAUGGAGAUGGAAGACCCGUUUGCGACGCUGGGCAACCGGCAAGGUGGCGCCUUCCGCUCGCACUCGUUCAACUUCCCCGGAGGCUCGCCGAGCCGCGCCAAGGACAGGGCGCAGGACGCCGCGAUCGAGCACGACCUGUAUGUUGCUCCGGAGGACAUCCUGCGCGGCUGCACCAAGAAGAUGAAGAUCUCGCGGCGCGUGCUGCAGCCGGAUGGAUCGGCGCGCAAGGAGGACAAGGUGUUGACGAUCAACGUGAAACCAGGGUGGAAGGCUGGCACCAAGAUCACAUUCCAGCGCGAGGGGGACCAGGGCCGCAACAAGAUACCUGCCGACAUUGUCUUCAUCAUCCGCGACAAGGCACACCCCAUGUUCAAGAGGGAGGGCAGCGACCUUCGCUACACCGCCCGCAUAUCCCUCAAGCAGGCGCUGUGCGGCACUCUGAUAGAAGUACCGACGCUGAGUGGGGAGAAGAUCCCACUCAACCUGCGACAUGAAGUGAUCAAGCCCACCACUGUGAAGAGGAUCCAGGGCCAAGGGCUGCCCUACCCAAAGGAGCCCAGCAAGCGGGGGGACCUCCUGGUGUCCUUCGACAUCAAGUUCCCCGACACCCUGUCGCAAAGCGUCAAGGACAUCCUGUACGACACGUUACCCAACUAAUGGCUGCGUUUCAUUCUGACAGUGCUAGGGUGUGUGCGUUAAUGAAUGUGUUUGACUUUUUUUCUGUAAAUAACUUAUUAAUUUUAAAAAUGUAUUUUUUUUUUUUUUUAGAUUUAUCAUGUACGUAUGUGCAAAAUGUGAUACUACAGAUAUUUUAAAAUGUGUAUAUGUAUUUUGUUCUGCAUUGUGAAUGAAUGGUAAGUGUGCUUGCUGCUGCUGCUGCUACUUCAAGUAGAAUAGCUAUUUUGUUCACAGUGAGCUGUAGUGUUUUAUUUUUCUUUAUAUAAAGGGGUUAUCUAGUAUGGCAUAGAAGUUAUUUCUAAGCUCUACCGCGCUCCUCUGAAGACCCCUUGUUCCACUCCAUCUGUGGGAUGGUAAGCACUGCCGUAUAUGUCUGCUACAGGUUCUGGUGAAAGUAAUGGCCUAGUUAGUGUCGCUGCAACAUGUUGGUUUCUCUGCCAAAUGUUGACUUGUUACACCACCAUUACAUGUCUGUCAAAAGCAUUUCUUAAUACUGGGUGUGUGAUAUUGAUUGUAAAAUUUGUAAACUUAACAGACUGAUUUAGUGACUGAAAUUGUGUGCAAAUUCAGAUAAGUUUUUUGUUACUUAAGAAAUAUGCAGAUGUAUUAAGAACAUCUGUGUACUGUAUACAAAUAAACCACAUGGUUUUUACUAA